ACUGUUUUCUCAUCUUCAGACACAGAGCUCAGCAAUAGCACUAUAAGGGAUUUUAAUUCAAACAUAUUUGAUACUUAACUACUUGGAUGACGAAGAUCUAAUACAGGAAUAUUCAGACGAUUCACACCAGCAAUUCCUAGUCAGCGGGGUAUUGUUUUUUGUUGGUCAUGUCUAAGAGAAGCUGGGGUUUUGGAUCUCCUGUUCUCCAUUUCAUUGUUCUAUCAUGGGUUUGGAACAGGGCUUCUGCGCAACUACGCUAUUCAAUUGAUGAAGAAUCGGAUCAUGGCACUUUUGUUGGGAAUAUAGCUCAAGAUCUGGGCAUUGAUAUAAAGGAACUGGAGAAUCGUCGUUUUCGUAUCGUUUCAGGAUCAAAGCAGCAGUAUUUACAGGUAAAUCAAAAGAAUGGCGUUUUGUUUGUUGAUCAAAAUAUAGACAGAGAGCAACUGUGCGAUCGAGACUCAGACUGUUUAAUAAGUCUCAAAAUUGUUCUUGAAAAUCCUCUCGAAAUUCACUAUGUUGACGUGGAAAUUGUUGAUAUAAAUGAUCACGCUCCUGCAUUCUCUGACAAUGAGACACAUAUGGAAAUGUCAGAGUCUUCUCAGAUAGGAGCACGCUUCCCUUUAGAGAGCGCAAAAGAUCCAGAUGUUGGUUCUAAUUCUCUUCGUUCUUAUCGGCUAAAUAGAAAUGAUCACUUUGAGCUGGCUGAAUAUAGCAAAAUCCCGGUAUUAGUACUGCAGAAACCUUUAGACAGAGAGCAGACUGGAAUGCACUAUUUGAUUCUAACAGCACUGGAUGGUGGAAAUCCACAGAGAUCUGGUAUACUCCAAAUAACUGUAACUGUUCUUGAUAUCAAUGACAAUGCUCCAGGUUUUGACAAUCAGGUAUAUUCUGUACAUUUGCAAGAAAACGCUCCUAAUGACACUGUUGUUUUAAAAUUAAAUGCAUCAGAUUUGGACGAAGGUCUCAAUGGUGAAAUAGUAUAUGCAUUUGGAAAAAGCAACAAAGAUACAGGGUCUGAACUAUUCAGCAUAGAUAAAAACACCGGAGAAAUCAAAGUGAAAGGGUCAAUAGAUUAUGAAGCAAAUAUUGCGUUUGAGAUUGAUGUCCAGGCUACUGAUAGGGGUCACGUGCCCAUGGCAGGGCACUGCAGUGUAGUUAUACACAUUAUAGAUGUUAACGACAAUACACCAGAAAUAGAGAUGACCUCACUGACAAAUCACAUUUCCGAGGACGCACCACCUGGAACGGCUAUAGCUCUGAUUAGCGUUACUGACCUCGAUUCUGGAGUUAAUGGUAAGAUUGUCUGCAAAUUAUCUGAAGAUGUUCCAUUUGAGUUAAAGCCAUCUUAUAAGCAAAAUUUGUAUUCGUUAAUUACAAAAGCACGCUUAGACCGCGAGGUUACUUCUCAGUACAACAUUACAGUAACAGCACAGGACUUGGGUUAUCCUCCUCUGUCAUCCUUUAAAACGUUCUCAGUGACGGUUUCUGAUGUAAACGAUAACAAACCACAGUUUCUACAAAAUCUGUAUACGUUUUAUGUUCUUGAAAACAACGUCCCUGGCGCUUCCAUUUUAUCUGUAAAAGCGUUUGAUCUGGACCAGAAUGAAAAUGCACGAGCAUCAUAUUUAUUUCCGGAUACUCUAAUUGAAAACAAGCCAGUCUCAUCUUUUGUAUCAAUUAAUUCAGAGAAUGGGGAUGUCUAUGCUACGAACAGUUUUGACUUUGAAGAGCUGAAGCAAUUCCAAUUCUACGUUUUAGCAAUCGACUCUGGUGUGCCAUCACUCAGCAGCAAUGUUACCGUAAACGUUUUUGUUCUUGAUAAAAAUGACAAUGCUCCAGUGAUCUUGUCUCCGUUGCCAAAGAGCGAAUCUAGUGUUUCCUGUGAGGCUAUUUCUCGAAAUGUGAAUGCAGGAUAUUUGGUUACAAAAAUCAGAGCAUAUGAUGCUGACUUAGGAUAUAACGCUUGGUUAUCGUUUUCACUGCAAGACGCUACUGACCCGACAUUAUUUGCAGUAAGACAAUAUACAGGAGAAAUCAGAACACUUCGCCGUUGUACUGAAAGUGAUGACGUCCUUCAAAAGCUUACCAUACUUGUAAAGGAUAGUGGGAACAUUUCUCUGUCUACAACAAUGACUCUACACAUCACGAUUGUCGAUGAUACAGAGGGUGAUAUAUUUUCUGAGCUCAAGGGAGCGCCCAGUAAGUCAGAAGAAAACGAUAUCACCUUUUACCUAAUAAUAACACUAGGAUCAGUUUCAUCAUUAUUUGUUAUCAGUAUAAUCACCCUGGUUGCUGUUCAGUGUUGUAAACGCAGAGGUAAUUUUGUUAGCAAAUACCCUUACAAUCCUAACUACGCGGAGGUCAGCGGAAACGGUUCGCUUUACCGUAGCUACCAGUACAGAAUGUGUUCAAAUGCUGUCCAAAAAGAUUUGGUGUUCGUCAAACAUGAAGCAAACGCUGGCGCCUCCUUGGACAUUGGAAGUAACGGAAACACGCUGAUUAUCUCUGAUAUUGGAAUGAAACCGUCCAGAGAAGUAAGUCCUACUCUCUAUAUCCAGUAUAAUACAUGCAUUGCACUGUAG